AUGGCGCGGCCGGCCGUGGCUCCGCGGAUGAUAUCGGCGCGCCUGGGGUCCUUGGCUGGCUCCAGGUUCGCCAGGCAGCAGACUGUGCAGCGCGUGGGCCUGACCCCCCGCCCCGCCCUGCCAGCGCCGCCGCAACGUGGCAGCUGUGCGAAAGUGCAGGCCUCGGCCACCCCUGCUGCACCAGCAGACGGCAUCAAGUGGGGGGCGGACCUCAAGAAGCUGGGCAUCUGUGUGGCCAUCGGCGCGGCUCUGUGGGUGUCCCCCGCUCCCGCCGGCGUGUCCAGCCAGGCUUGGCACCUGUUGGCCGUCUUCCUCUCCACGAUUUGUGGCAUCAUCACCACCCCCAUGCCCCUGGGAGCAGUCGCAAUGAUGGGCCUGGCGGCAGCCCAGCUCACCGGAGUCCUCACCUUUGCGCAGGCCUUCUCGGCCUUUGCCAGUGAGAUCCCGUGGCUGAUCGCCAUCGCCUUCUGGCUCUCCGGAGGCUUCAUCCGCUCUGGGCUAGGCGCCCGCAUCGCAUACAGCAUUGUGUCGCUGUUCGGCAAGACCACGCUGGGCCUGACCUACUCGCUGGUGGCUGCCGAGGCGCUGCUGGCGCCCGCCAUCCCCUCGGUGGCUGCCCGCGCUGGUGGCCUCUUCCUGCCCCUCGCCAAGGCCCUCUGCCUGGCCUGCGGCUCCGACCCCGCGAAUGGCACCGAGCGCAAGAUGGGCUCCUUCCUCAUGAUGACCUGCUUCCUGUGCACCACCAUCUCCUCGGGCAUGUUCAUCACCGCCAUGGCCGCCAACCCGCUGGCCGUCAACUUGGCCGCCGAGACCCUGGGCUACACCAUCUCCUGGGGCACCUGGGCACUGGCCGGCCUGGUGCCCGGCGCUGUCUGCCUGCUGCUGACCCCCGCUCUGCUGUACGUGCUGUACCCACCUGAGGUGAAGGACACCCCUGAUGCGCCUGCCAAGGCCCGUGAGGAGCUGGCCAAGCUGGGCCCCAUGAGCACGGAUGAGAAGUUGACUGCCUUUGCGUUUGCCAUCACUGUUGGCCUCUGGAUCUUUGGCGGCUCCGUAGGCGUCAAUGCCGUGGCGGCGGCGCUCACUGGGCUGGGCAUCCUGCUUGUCACUGGUGUGGUCAGCUGGAAGCAGUGCCUCAGCGACAACCAGGCGUGGGACACGCUGACCUGGUUUGCUGCGCUCAUCGCCAUGGCCGCCUUCCUUAACAAGUUUGGCUUCAUCUCCUGGUUCUCGGACAAGGUUGUUGGCAUUGUGGGCGGCCUGGGCCUGAGCUGGCAGGCCACCUUUGGCAUCAUCCUCACCCUCUACUUCUACUCCCACUACUUCUUCGCAUCAGGCGCGGCCCACAUCGGCGCCAUGUACACUGCCUUCCUGUCUGUGGCCAUUGCCUGCGGCACGCCCGGCCUCAUGGCCGCACUGGCCCUGGGCCAGCUGUCCAACGUUAUGGGCUGCCUGACCACGUAUGGUAUUGGCUCCGCCCCGCCGUUCUAUGGGACUGGCUACGUGCCCCAGGCAAAGUGGUACCAGUGGGGAUUCCUGUUCAGCGUGCUGUAUCUUGCCGUGUGGGUGUUUGUGGGCGGGCCCUGGUACAAGGCGAUCGGUAUCUUUUAA